AUGGCUGCUGGACCAUGUGCGUCACUCUGCUCGACUUUGCUGUUUAUUGGCGUCUUCGCGUUUGUGUCUGCAGUCCAAAAAAACAUCACAGCUGAGUCUGGACAGGACGUCACUCUGACAUGUCGAGCUCCAAACAACAACAUCUUAGUUGUAGAGUGGAGCAGAGCUGACCUGACAGAUAAAUAUGUGCUUUUGUAUCAGGAUGGUCGCUUCUAUCCAGACAACCAGCAUCCAUCUUUUAAGAACCGGGUGGAUCUGCAGGACAGACAGAUGAAGGAUGGAAACGUGUCUUUGAUUCUGAAGGAUGUGACGAUUAAUGAUGCUGGAACAUACGAGUGUCGUGUUUUCGUUGAAGAAACUCGCUCAUGGAAGAACAGCAUCAUCAUCUACCUGACUGUUGUUGAUCCUCCAGACCCAAAGAUCAUCACAGCUGAGUCUGGACAGGACGUCACUCUGACAUGUCGAGCUCCAAAUAACAACAUUGUGAAGUGGAGCAGAGCUGACCUGGUGCCACAAUAUGUUUUUUUGUACCAGAAUGGUCACUUUGUUCCAGCCAACCAGCAUCCAUCUUUUAAGAACCGGGUGGAUCUGCAGGACAGACAGAUGAAGGAUGGAGACGUGUCUUUGAUUCUGAAGGAUGUGACGAUUCAUGACACUGGAGCAUACAUGUGCCAUAUUUUCAUUGAAGAAACUCGCUCAUGGAAGAACAGCAUCAUCAUCUACCUGAGUGUUGUUGAUCCUCCAGGUGAGUGAGUAGAGUUGAGUGUGUGUGUGAUCAGAGGUGAAGCUGCUUCCUGGUUGUUGAUGUGUGUUUGUU